AUGGCUCCCUCCGAAAGCAAUAAGCGCUUGGCUUUGGCCAUCAUCGACUUCCUAGGCGCCAGCCUCAAAGAUGGCACCCUCACCGCCGAAGAUGCCGAGUCGAUGGAAAUCGCCCAAUCUUGUAUCGCCGAUACUUUUGGUGUUGACCCUACUGAUGAGGCUGCUGUGAAGGAUGCCGUCGGUGGUCAAUCACUGUCAGGAAUCUACAGCGUUUAUGAGAAGCUGCGCGGCAAGUCGGCCCCGCAAUCCACCGGCGCCGCUGAGCCCGCCCAAGAAGAGAAGCCCAAGGCCGGUGUGCCUACACCAGAGUCCGACAAGUUGAAGUCGGAAGGAAACGCUCUGAUGGCUAAGAAGGACUACUCUGGUGCCAUUCAACAAUAUACCAAGGCCCUUGAGAUCGCCCCUGCCAACCCUAUCUAUCUCUCCAACCGUGCCGCAGCCUACUCUGCUUCCAGCCAGCACGAGAAGGCUGCUGAAGAUGCCGAACUCGCUGCUGCUUCGGACCCCAAGUACUCCAAGGCCUGGAGUCGUUUGGGACUCGCUCGCUUCGACAUGGGAGAUUACCAUGCUGCCAAGGAGGCUUAUGAGAAGGGAAUCGAGGCCGAGGGCAACGGUGGCAGUGAAGCCAUGAAGCGUGGCUUGGAGACAUCGACAAAGAAGCUUGAGGAGGCUACUCGCACUGAGCCUCCCCCAUACGAGGAGCUUGACACUGCCCCAGGUUCUUCCCGCGGUGCUCCUGGUGGCGCUGGUGGUGGCAUGCCUGACUUGUCUGCCCUGGCUGGUAUGUUUGGAGGUGGUGCCGGUGGCGGUGGUGGCGGCGGCAUGCCCGAUCUGGGCUCCAUGAUGAGCAACCCCAUGUUCGCCAGCAUGGCACAGAACUUGAUGAGCAACCCUGACAUGCUUGGAAACCUUAUGAGCAACCCCCGCCUGCGCCAGAUGGCUGAGGGCCUUCAAGGUGGUGGUGGCAUGCCUGACAUGUCUAGCUUGAUGAGCGACCCCAACCUUGCGGAAAUGGCUCGCAACAUGAUGGGCGGUGGCGGCGGCCAAGGCCCGAAAUAA